GCAGCUAGCAUGACAGAUGAGAGAACUCACAACAACUACAAGAAGAAUCGUAAAACUAAGGGCAUCGCCUCCAAAAGGAAAAAGAAGAAAGAGAUGAUGCCAAGUUCUAGUAGAGAGAAACAACAUGAUAUCCAGCCAUUGACAGUCAAUGCUGUGCUAAUAAGGCAUGAUGGAAGCCAUCUAACCAACUACAGUGGUUCAGAGCUCUCCACCCAGCCACCACCUCUUCCCAGACAAGGGAACCUCCACCCAGCCAUGACCCAGGCUGUAGCGCACAGCCAGAGCUGCCCUUCUACUGCCGACCUUCUACUACUCGGCCUGUCUGACUCUGAGCACAAAUGUACUCCAGAUGAACAGAGGCAGGACCAGGGGCACACCAGGCAGACAGGGCAGGCAGGGAAAGCAGGGAGGAAGAACCUAACCAAGCAGCAGGCUGUGAAAAAGGUCCCCAGAGAACUCAGGAAACGUGACAGACAGCCUUCGUCUGGGCGUAAAAUGACCCGGCCCACAGCGGAAACAGCAGCAGAGGCAGAGAAAGGGAGUGAGGGGGAGGCCCACUGGUGUAAGAUGUCAGCUGGAGAGAGGGAGUUCCCAGACACUGACACACGGAGAAUAAGGACUGAGGACACUGACUCUGUGCCAUGGCUCAGCAAGGACGAUAUUCACAAGAUGGAGUUCCUCUCGGGCAGCGAGGUUAUCAAUAAGGCCAGGGUCCCAGCCCACGGACAGGUCCUCCAUGUAGGGCUGGGUGCCCCUCAUCAUCCCCCUUCUCCUGGGGCUCCAUUGGCUGACCACAGUGGGCACUGCCAACAGGGUCUGUGUGCCCUGAUCAAACGUCCAGACGACUGGUUCGAAGUCUUCGCUUUCCAUUUAGACCGUGUUCUCGGCUUGAACAGGAGUCUGCCCACAGUGUUCAGGGCCUUCCACAGUGACAUCUUGCCUUAUAAAUACACCAGAGGGGCAGCCAGACCCGUGGUGUGGUGGGACCCAGGCAUCCAGCACCUGGCUGAUGAUGACAAUGACCAGAACUCGUUCCCUCUCACCUGGCCCCAGUACCAGAGCCUGCUGAGGGCCAGGUGUGGCAGUGGCAGCGGCAUGGCCCUCAACGAGACCCCCUGUGUGGGGGUUCACCAUGCGGAGUGGGGGCGCCUGGCACUCUUUGACUUCCUCCUACAGGUGAAUGAUCGUCUGGACCGGUACUGCUGCGGUUUCCAGCCUGACCCAGCAGAACCAUGUGUGGAGAACCUGCUACAUACCAAGUGCAGGAACUCAAAGGAUCUAAUGCUGGUGCACAUCCUGGUGAGGAGGGUAGAGCCUACCAGACUGGUGUUUAUAGACAAUGCAGGCAGGCCAAAUCAUCCCCAUGACAACCUCAACUUCCGCUUAGUAGAGGGCAUCGAUGAGUUUCCAGAGAGAGCCGUAUCAGUUCUCCAGUCUGGCUGCUUGGAGAGCAUGCUCCUGAGUUCGCUGUAUAUGGACAAGGAAUUCUGGGAGAGCCGAGGGGGGGCACGUGGCCUGAAACCUCUCAUCCACACUGUUGAGCAGAGAGGGAGAAUUCUGCUGCAGCACAUCCACGACAAGAGACUGAGACUGAACAGGGAUUUAUGAAUCCAAUGGCCCAGAAGGCACCUAGCAGCACAUUAAUUUCAUCCAGGCAGGGGGUGCCUGUGACAGACGUGGAAGCCUCCUCAAGGUCCCAGCCAGCCUAAAGACACAGGGUGUGUCUUAAAUGGCACCCUAUUCCCUAUAUAGUGCACUACAUAUGACCACAGCCCUUCAUUGUCUAUAACACCCUACGGGUCCUGGUCAAAGGUAGUGCACUAUAUAGGGAAGAGGGUGCUCUUUGGGCCACAGAUACAGUAUCCCGUUCCAUGCUGGUUGUGGUUCCCAUCCAUGUUGUAUCCAUACAUCUUGCCAACAUCCCUCAAGCCAAGCAAAUUAUGUUAUUGAAAUUGCACCGUCUUCUUCCCUGCCUGUUCAUGAGGUGAGUUUUGUAUUUUCUAAUAAAAAAUAGCAGAUUGAAAGAUGUAUUUAAUGUCUGUUAUAUGAGAUAAGCGUUUGGCUGUAAUCUUAAAAUGAAAGAUUUUAGAUCAAUGAAUAGCUUCUGAACUGGAUCCAGGCUUCUUGUCGAUAAGAAAAUACCAAACCUUUUAUAAGAUUGUGCUCCUAAGACAAUGAUGAGGAAACCCUCUCAAUUGGGUUAAAGGAACACAAUUAUUAUUAUUAUUAUUAUUAUUGCUGAACAUUGGACUUAUUGCCUAUGUUCCAGGACAUUUAGACAAUGUUGACUCCACGCCAAUUAAUGAACAAUGGACAAUAUAUUGAAGUGACCUACAGACUGGGGUUGCUUCCUUGUGGGGAUACAGCACAUUGCAUUCCUAUGGGCUAAACUGUUUAGGAUAGAUGGCCAGUCCCAUAGGCUUUGACACAAUUCAUUUAUUUAACAUGUUUUUCUAUGUUUAAGGUAAUUUAAACCAUAUUGAUAAUACCAAUUAGGAUAUUUUACUGUUUAGGCUUGCAUGUAUGUUGUUAUAUUUAGCCUACUUACUGACUCAAGACAUUUCAGCUUUUCAUUUUUAAUUCAUUUGUAAAAAAUUCU